UCAGCCGGCAGCAAAACAGCGCGCACGGCAGCGUUAAUCAUCGCAGGGGAAGGGAAGGGAAGGGACGGCAGAAGGACCGGGAGCGGGGCCGGUGUCUGCGCCCUGCCAGCAGCGCCCCGUGGCAGCGGACCCUCGGCCCGUGAGUCAGAGGCUCCGUGGCUCCUGAGGAAGGAGCAGCCCAAAGGCAGCCCUGAGCCCCUGUGCGUUUGUGCCCACAGCUGCAGCCGCACCAUGCUGCGCUUCCUCUGGGACAGCAUCUCCCUGCAGAUGCUCUUCGUCUUCCUCUUUGUCUUCCUGCUCGUUUUUGACUACAUGAAGAAGAGAAAGCCCAAGGACUUUCCCCCCAGUCCUUUUUCCUUCCCUUUCCUGGGAAACAUGCAAUUUUUAUUUGCCAAAGACCCCGUGGCUGCAACGCAGAAGUUUAUUGAAAAACAUGGGGACAUCUUCAGCACGCAAGUGGGCAACAUGUCAUUUGUGGUCGUCAAUGGGCUGUCACUGAUCAAGGAAGCCCUUGUGACCCAGGGAGAGAACUUCAUGGAUCGCCCGGACUUUCCUGCAAAUACAGAACUCUUCAGCAAACUGGGGCUGGUCUCCUCCAAUGGGCACCUGUGGAAGCAGCAGAGAAGGUUCACCUUGACCACCCUCCGCAACUUUGGCCUGGGGAAGAGGAGCCUGGAGGAGCGGAUCCAGGAGGAGUGCCGAUUCCUCACGGAUGCGUUCAGGGAUGAGCAGGGAAAUCCUUUCAACCCUCACCUUAAAAUCAACAAUGCUGUUUCAAACAUCAUCUGCUCCGUCACCUUUGGCAACCGGUUUGAAUACCACGAUGAAGACUUCCAAAAUUUGCUGCGGAUGAUGGAUGAAGUUGUUACCCUCCAAGGGAAGAUAAUGAGCCAGCUGUAUGUCUUUUUUCCAUCCAUAAUAAAAUACUUCCCGGGAUCUCACCAAACCAUUCUGAGAAACGGGAGGCUCAUGAAAAGCUUUGUGUGUGAGAAGAUCAGCAAACAUAAGGAAGACCUGAACCCCUCAGAGAGCCGGGACUUCAUUGACAGCUACCUGCAGGAGAUGGCCAAGCCCAGUGGCAGUGACUUCUGUGAGGAUAAGCUGGCAGCAUGCACUCUUGACCUGUUUUUUGCUGGGACUGAGACCACCUCCACAACCAUCCGCUGGGCCCUGCUGUAUAUGGCUGUAUACCCAGAAAUUCAAGCCCGUGUACAAGCUGAGAUCGAUGCUGUUAUUGGGCAGUCCAGGCAGCCAGCUCUGGAGGACAGGAACAACAUGCCCUACACCAAUGCUGUCAUCCACGAAGUACAGAGGAAAGGACACAUUAUCCCUUUUAAUGUGCCAAGAGAGGCUUCGAAGGACACAGUCUUGGCUGGUUUCCGGGUACCCAAGGGCACUGUUUUGAUUGCAAACCUAUCGUCUGUGAUGUUUGACAAGAAGGAGUGGGAAACACCUCACAGUUUUAACCCCGAGCAUUUCCUGAAGAACGGUCAAUUCAGGAAAAGGGAGGCUUUUAUGCCAUUUUCUAUAGGGCUGAAUGGAUGCUGGGCGGCUGUCUCUGCAGGGAAGCGCGCCUGCCUGGGUGAGAUCCUGGCUCGUGCUGAGCUCUUCCUCUUCUUCACGGCUCUGCUCCAGAAAUUCACCUUCCAGGCUCCCCCAGACACCAUCCUCGACCUCAAAUUCAUACAGGGCAUGACCAUGGCCCCUCGGCCCUACAAGAUCUGUGCUGUGCCUCGAUAGUGAGAGCAGCCACUGUUCUCAGUGGGAGAACUCCUUGGAUUUGACACAGGCACAAAACCAGCAUCUAUGCACCUCUCACCCCUGACUUACUCAAACUUCCCUGCUGCUUUAUUGCUUACUUAUUUACCCAUACUGCCUCAUGGGGAACAAUAAAUGGUUGCAGUCUUCCUUU